AUGCUUUCAGAUAAAAGUGAUGGAUGUUGUUCCACACACCUCAUUGAUGGGGAUGGGGUCUUCAAUGUUGCUGGAGUUGAAAAUUUCAUAAAGGAAGUUAAACUGGCAGAAUGUGGUCUUUCAUAUGCUAUAGUAUCCAUUAUGGGUCCACAAAGUAGUGGGAAAAGUACACUGUUAAAUCAUCUAUUUGGUACUAACUUUAGAGAGAUGGAUGCUUAUAAAGGAAGGUCACAAACCACAAAAGGUAUCUGGAUGGCUCGAUGUGUUGGGAUUGAGCCGUGCACCCUUGUUAUGGAUUUAGAGGGCACCGAUGGGAGAGAGCGUGGAGAGGAUGACACUACAUUUGAGAAGCAAAGUGCCCUAUUUGCCCUUGCUGUUUCUGAUAUAGUGCUAAUCAAUAUGUGGUGUCAUGAUAUUGGCCGUGAGCAAGCUGCUAAUAAGCCUCUUCUGAAGACUGUCUUUCAGGUUAUGAUGCGGUUAUUUAGCCCUCGUAAAACGACAUUGAUGUUUGUUAUACGCGAUAAAACAAGGACUCCGCUUGAAAAUUUGGAGCCUGUUUUAAGGGAAGACAUUCAGAAGAUAUGGGAUUCCGUCCCAAAGCCGCAAGCUCAUGCGGAAACACCUUUAGGUGAAUUUUUUAAUGUUGAGGUUGUUGCACUUUCUAGUUAUGAAGAGAAGGAAGAGCAAUUUAAAGAGCAGGUGGCUAGUCUAAGACAGCGAUUCUUUCAUUCUAUUGCACCUGGGGGUCUUGCUGGAGAUAGGCGGGGAGUUGUUCCUGCUUCUGGUUUUUCGUUUAGUGCACAGCAUAUGUGGGAGGUUAUAAAGGAGAACAGGGACCUUGACCUCCCUGCCCAUAAGGUUAUGGUAGCUACCGUACGCUGUGAAGAAAUUGCCCAUGAAAAAUAUGACUCUUUCACUGCAAAUGAGGAGUGGUGUCAAUUAAAAGAGGCAGUGCAAUCUCAUCCUGUGGGUGGCUUCGGGAAGAAGCUUAGCACAAUUUUGAACACUUGUUUAUCAGAAUAUGAUGCAGAGGCUACAUUCUUUGAUGAAGGAGUGAGAUCUACAAAACGAAAGCAGUUGGAAGAGAAAUUGCUUCAGUUUGUCCAACCAGCCUACCAAUCUAUGCUGGGACGCAUACGAUCUGAUACUUUGGAAAGAUUCAAAGAAGCAUUUGAUAAGGAACUGAAGGGAGGUAUAGGGUUUGCAAUGGCCGCUCAUGAGUGCACUGUGUCUUUUAUGUCCCAGUUUGAUGAGGAAUGCGCAGAUGCUGUUAUUGAUCAAGCAAAAUGGGACUCAUCCAGAGUUAGGGAUAAGCUCAAGCGUGAUGUAGAUGCUCAUAUUUCCGAAAUUCGUACUGCCAAGCUGGCUGAAGUUACUACUCUUUACGAGACCAAAUUAAAUGAUGCUUUAGCUGGACCUGUGGAGGGUCUUUUAGAUGGAGCUGCUGAUGAUACAUGGCCAGCAAUAAGAAAACUGCUUCAGCGUGAGACUGACACAGCACUCUCUGGGUUUUCGGCUGCACUUUCUGGUUUUGAAAUGGAUGAACAAACAAGGGAAAAUAUGGUUUUGAGAUUGAAGGAUUAUGCACGCGGAGUGGUUGAAGCAAAGGCGAAGGAAGAGGCUGGAAGGGUUUUGAUUCGUAUGAAGGACAGGUUUUCAAUGUUAUUUAGCUAUGAUUCUGAUUCAAUGCCACGAGUUUGGAUUGGAAAGGAAAAUAUUCGAGCUAUUACCAAAACUGCCAGAUCAGCUUCUCUGAAGCUCCUGUCAGUUAUGGCUGCAAUUCGUUUGGAAGAUGAACGUGAUAGCAUAGAGAAUACACUCACUAUUGCUCUUUCGGAUGGAGGUGCUUCAACCAAAAAAGGCAUUGCAUCUCUUGAUCCUCUGGCCUCUAGCACUUGGAAUGAGGUCUCUGCAUCAAAAACUUUAAUCACACCUAUCCAAUGCAAGUCGUUGUGGAAGCAAUUUAACACUGAGACUGAAUACAUUGUUACACAAGCCAUUGCUGCUCAGGAGGCUAGCAGGAGAAAUAACAAUUGGCUUCCACCUCCAUGGGCAGUUGUCGCGUUGCUUAUUCUGGGGUUCAAUGAAUUCAUGACACUGUUGAGAAAUCCUUUGUAUUUGGGAGUCAUAUUUGUUGCCUUUCUACUAGUGAAAGCCCUCUGGGUGCAACUUGACAUCUCGGGCGAAUUCCGCAAUGGCGCUCUUCCUGGACUUCUCUCUUUAUCCACAAAGUUCCUUCCUACAGUCACGAAUCUUCUUAGACGACUAGCCGAGGCAGGCCAAAGGAAGGCAAAUAAUGAACCUCAACAUAAUACUACAAGUGCUUCAUCUGAAGAAAACAGAGGGGAAUACUCUAGCCCCUCAAUGCAUGACAGAAUGAAGUAAAACUGCCGCGGAUCUAACAAUGGGUUCGCUGGUUCGGCUGAACUCAAUGAUUUGGGGGGUCGAACUCUAUAUAUAUGUGCGGAAAAAAAUAUAGAUAGAAUACGAUAUACAUUUUAGAACCCAUUGUCUCAACUCAGAACUCACAACAUCUAAAUUCCGGAUCCACCACUGGAAGUAAGUCAUGUUUAUUGAGCACUCUUCCAUUCUUUGGCAGCAAGUUUAUGUUUAUAGGAUGUUUUGUGGUGCACAAUCAAACGGCUUUCACCUUCCAAGGGAAGCAUGUGAACAAUCAGAGAGAGUUGAUUUUUGUGCAGGACAUGUAUACUGGGAUGUGGUUUCUAAGUGGAAGAAGUUCCCAAGUAACUUAGUUGUGGGAUAAACUACAGAGGGUCCUCCCUGCUUUUUUUUCCUUGUUACAUGUCACCAAUUUUGUCUUUCAAGAAACUAAGUUACUGACGCAAGAUAUAUAAUGUAUUCAAUGUGAUGUGACUAUCUUUUUGCUGGUUUGUAAUUUAUAGACUAUUGUAACUUA